AUGAUGAUGCCGGUCACUCUGGAUGGAUCGCGGUGUUCACUGUUUCACUCCUUUUCCUUUUUUCUCUCGUACUCCCACACAAAGGAAAGAAGUUACAAACGAGCGCUAAUCGCUAUUGUGAAAUUCGAAGGCACUGAAAGCACCAACAGCACACACACCGCCCACACACAUAUUUAUAUGCACUCACGUGUUGCUGCAGUGAAGGCACCCCGCACACGCAACCGUCGCCGCGUGACCGUAUCCAGCGGAAGGAGGAGGGAAGGAAGAGAGAGUGAGCCGCAGAGGCCCAACAUGUCCCGGCAUCUCUUCCAUUUUGUGCUGCUUCUACUUGUCGUCAUGGCUUUCGGCGGCAGUGGGACUGUGACUGCGGAUGAGGAGCAGGAGCCAGCUGAUCCAACGUUUGAGUGGAAGGGCAUCACUGAGGGUGAUGAUGUAACUGUGGACUUGUUGGGUGCUCCCAGCCUUCUAAAAGUGGGGAAUGAGGUAUUUGCCGUUGCCGAGGCGCAGUGCAAAAAGAACGGUGAUGUCAGUUUUACUGGUGUUGCAUCUCAACCUCUCACGACAAAAACUACUAACACACCGGAGGAAGUGCUGAAGGAAACCAAAGAUACACAAGUACUGGAGGAAGACGGUUCCGAAAGACAAAAUAAAAGAAUAGAUGUGAGCCGACCAACAACAGUUGUGGAGGGAAGUGGUAUUUACAUGCUUGUUGGAAAAUACAUCCCUGCAACUGUUGGUGGUGCUGAAUGUAAGGCUACGAGCGAGAAGAUCAAAUCGGGAAUAUUGCUGGUGAAAGGGGAAGUCGUUGUUGGUGAAGGCGGUAACAAAAUCCACUGGAACGAUACUGAUGGUGUACCGUGCACUCUAGGCGACCAACAAAACUCCUUGAAGCGGCUGACUGGCGGCGGUGGAUCGGGUGUUAAGAUGAAUGACGGUACGUUUUUGUUCCCCGUGGAAGCCGUGAAGAAGAAGGAGAAUGAUGACGCAGAUGAGGAUGGAAAAACCGUUUCACUGAUCAUAUCUUCUUCGCAGGACUUUACGAAUUGGAAGCUGUCGAAGGGGAUGUCUGCCGAUGGCUGCGGUGAUCCCUCCGUCGUGGAGUGGAAGGACGCAAAACUCAUGAUGAUGACUGCGUGUGCUGAUGGCCGCCGCAGGGUUUACGAGAUCGGUGACAAGGGAGAGUCGUGGACGGAGGCACUCGGGACACUCUCGCGCGUGUGGGGCAACAACAAAAAGGGCGUAAGUGGCGUUAGAAGCGGGUUCAUCACAGCGAAGAUUGACGGUGUUAAAGAUAACAGAAAUGCGAUGCUCGUUACUAUGCCGGUGUAUGCCGAGGAAGUCAACAAAAAGGGCAAACUCCAUCUUUGGCUGACGGACAACACGCACAUUGUUGAUAUUGGGCCGGUAUCCGGUGAUGAUCAUGACGCUGCCGCCAGCUCCCUGUUGUACAAAAGUGGUAAAAGUGGAACUGAUGAUAAGAAGGAGGAUGAGUUGAUUGCACUGUACGAGAAGAAGAAGGGCGGUGAUGAAGGAAAGCCAUCACCCGGUCUGGUCUCUGUGCUUUUGACUGAGCAGCUGGAGCGGGUGAAGAAGGUGCUGGCGACCUGGAAGGAAGUGGACGACCGUGUCUCCUUGCUGUGCACCUCAUUGAUUGCUCAGGAGGAUCGCUCAACUGACAAUGUCUGCGGUGCUGUUAAGAUCACGGAUGGACUGGUUGGCUUUUUGUCUGGCAACUUCUCUGAUGGCACAUGGAGGGACGAGUAUCUCGGGGUGAACGCCACAGCAAAGAACGGUGCAGCAGCGGCCACAGGGCCCUCCGAUGGCGCGAAGUUCACUGGGCGUGGCGCAGGGGCGGAGUGGCCCGUUGGCAAGCAGGGGCAGAAUCAGCUGUACCACUUUGCUAACUAUAAAUUUACUCUUGUGGCGACGGUGUCCAUCCACAACGUGCCGGAGGGUACUAUUCCGUUGAUGGGUGUGCGUGCGGGCAGUAAAGGAGAAAAAAAACUUAUUGAGUUGUCGUACGACAGCGAAAAGAAGUGGCAGGUGCUGUGCGGUGAUGGAAACCCUACGGAGCUCAGCAGCAUUUUGGGGACAGAGACACCGCACCACGUGGUAAUUUUGCUACGGAACGGCACCCAGUGCACCGCGUACGUUGAUGGUCAGCGAGUGGGGAAUGCACAAUGUGAAUUGGGAAGUGGUGAGUCGAAUGAGAUCUCCCACUUCUACAUUGGAGGGGAUGGAGGCAGCGCAGACGACCAAGAAAGCCGAGGAGACGUGUCUGUGACUGUGACGAACGUCCUGCUGUACAACCGCCCGUGGGAUGACACUGAGAUUGGCGCCUUCAACCCGAAUAAAGCCAAUGUUCCAGUUGAGGUGGACAGGCCUGUUGAAGGAGAAGCGAUUCAAUCUUCUUCUGGCGGACGACCGGAGGAACAGAGACAGUCGUUGGUGAGCAGCGGUGCAGGUGUUGUAUCCGCACCAACAGUGUCCAGUGCCACGAUUUCCUCAGUAGGAGAAGAGUCCGUAAUGCAGGUGGUUUCAGAAGAAUCUUCUGAUGGACAUAAAAAUGUGGGUGGCGCUUCCUUCUCCGACGGUGACCCAAGGGUGGAGACAAGAGAAGAAGGAACGGAUGGGCAGGAGAAGGAGGAGAUCCAAGCACAGAACGGGGACGUAAGGGCUGCGGCCCUCAGCAGCAGUCUCGGAAAUGUGUCGCAGGGGAAUAACAGCGAUGCCGGCACCACGCGUGAGAGCGGACUGUUGCCAUCGCUGCUUCUUCUCCUGUUGGGACUGUGGGGGUUUGCGGCUCUGUGA